CACCCACUGGCACCCACUGAUACAUCCUAAAACCCACCACUCGCAUCCACUCACAACCAACUCCCUACACUCUCCUAAACCACACCCACAUGUCACUUUUGUCGCGUCUAACCCCCUUACCACAUGUAGUACCUUAAACUCUGUACCUUUACUUACUUGCAGCCAUACACCACACCCACCCACCGGCUGAAAAUCAUUCCUAUUUACGAACCAAAUAUCACUUUCUCCUCCACACUUUCCCUUCUGAUCUCAGCCUCCCAGAAGAUCGACACGGAAAACCGAUCCCAACCUGUGCACUGUUGCUUAUCUUCAUUCAAAUCCCACCCAUCGAUCCUUCUCUCCUCUUCUUCUUCACGUCGUCGCCCUCGCCCUCGCCCGUCGCAAUCCGCCUCAAGAUCGUUGCCGUCGUUCCCCCCGACGAGGCAGCUAAUCUCGCCGAUUGAAGAACCGCUUACCUGCAGACAGGAACGACUCGGCUGCCCCAAAUCCCAGCGCGCGAAAACCGAUCAUCCCUUUCCCCUUCUGCCCGCCAAAUCCUCAUCGACCUCCUUCUCUUCGUCGACUGAGCUCACAUUCGCUUUCGUGUUCCCGUUCCCCAGAUCCGACGCGACAAAUAUUUCAUAUCUCUCCUCAUCCUUCGCUCGGGAUGCGCAAUUAGACACGAAGAACGUGAAUUGACGCUUGCUCUACUUCAUACACCCUCAACCGGUCACAUAUCCACGACCGAGGCCGAUCCUUCCCGCGGAGAAACGACCGCGCCUUGAGCAAUUGGGCUUUCGGAUCUCGAUAUUUCGCGAAGGGGUUUACAAUUGACGCAUUUCCGAUCCUUCAAUUCUGCUCCUGUCGCUCUUUUAGCCGACAAAAACACUCGCUGAGCCCCGUUCCAUCCGAUUUCAAGGAUACCGGCCCCCCGCCGAUCACUCCUUAACGCCCAAUAGCGCCCUAAAAUAUUUAUCCACCGUCUAUUGACACUAUAUCGCUUCCUCGACACUCGCUCUCUCGCUAUUAGCUCCAUAUUGUGUUUACAACUCACCACAGUCACUCGUUUUCGGUUCCCAGCUGCUCGGCAUUGUUGGCCCGCUUCCCUACCUGCGCUUGUUCAGGGCACCUUGCAACUCUGCACUUGCGCCCCCCGCAUCUGCGCUUCUGCUCUGAUCUUCGGUCUGGGAAUAUUGUCUGAGUCGAACGUUACUCGGUAACACGAUCAGACAACCUUCAAUCGCCACGAGAACGAGACCCAGUGACUCCCUGGCCCCGCGACCUCAAAAGUCGCAAUGCAGCCCACCAAUUAUGGACAGCAAUUCUACCAACCCGCGUAUGGCCUUCCAAUGUCUAUGCCUCCAGCGUAUCAUGGCCUUCCCUACGACGAUCAGCAGUUUUACCAGCAAGAGGUUUACUCGGAUAUGAUGCAGCCGUCGCCAAUGAACAACACUGCGAUUCACAGUGAGGAUUUCCCCGAUCGCAAUGAUGCGAAACCGCGCCUUGCGAAGCAGGAGGUCGAGCUCUUAGAACGCCAUUUCCAAGAAAACCACAAGCCGCCGAGUUCUUUGAAGCGCCAAUUGGCAGAGAACAUGGGUGUGCAGGUCUGCAGGAUAAACAACUGGUUUCAAAACAGACGAGCGAAAGCCAAACAUGAGGUUAAGCAAGCGGCGAGACUUCUCAAGACUGAGCGCGCCCAAUCUGGUGAGCCAGAGACCGAGGAAUACGAUUUAUCAAAGGAGUUCUCGGAAAUGUUUGAAGAAGAGCAGGCUGCGUCGGAAGACGAACCAAAACGCCCUCGAAGUGGCAGCGCUCAUAAGAAGGCUUCAUACAAUCAGAAGUACGAAGCUCCCGUAGUGGCAAGCUCCCAGUCUCUUGAACACGCAGAGCUUGAUAACCAGGCCGCGUAUCAGCGGAGAAACUAUGGUUUCGAGUUUGAUCACCAGGCCGAUGGAGAUCAAUUCGGUGCAACCAUUUACGAGAGUUUGGGAGAACUGGAUCAUACUCAAUUUCAAAAUACGGCCUCUUCCAACAUUAUUAAGUACGAAGACAACGGCUAUACGACAUCGCCAACAGCAAUGGAGAACUUGGAACGCAAAGCGAUGAUGAUGUCGAUGCCAAACGCCCACAACUACUCUUAUAAGAUUCCAGCUCAAGGGAGCUCCAAUCCUGCGCAAGCUACUUUCCCGUCACAGCUGCUCGUUGGCAAGCACAGCCAAAGCAGCCUACGUACCAUUCCAGAUGACAGGGGCGAUAGCCGGAGGCCAUCCGAGACCUCGCAAGAGGGCGCAACAAUGAGAUUCAUGUCACCUCCCCCUUCAGCAGACAUCGCAUCGCGCCGCAGCAAGCGACGCCCAGCACCAAUUGGAACAGAAGGGAUUAGAGACCGCGCCUCCCCGAGUAUGAAGACUCCUUUAACCGCCGCGCCGCAGCGACGCGCAACAAAGAGCCCUGGUAUUGGGGUCCGUCGCGCGGCAUCUAUUGGUGCAGGUCUCAACGUACUGGGAAGCAGAGUUUCCAAAUCUGUUGCGCCUCUUUCGCAGUCCCCUCUUCGUCCACACUUCCCCCACGAGCUUAAGAAGUUUGCCGGCAUGGACAGCCAGGUCAAUUUGAUCCAAGCAUCCAAUGGCCUCGCCCCUCCAACCCCGAGGUCUCCAAAUGAGAUUGCCGGGGGCGCUCAAUUCUACAUGGAUGAGGAGUCUAAACAGUACUCGCAUAUAUCCGAACAAGAGUACGACGUACUGGGCGCCAACCAAGAUCCUUCUAAUGGAUAUUUCGCGCCGUAUGAUCUCGGGUUUUCACCUCCCGAGACCCCUGGCGGUGGAUAUCACUGGACAGGAUAUGACGUCGGAGACAACGCUCUUCAUACUCCAGGUCUCAGUUCGUUUCCAAGCGACGAAUUCGCCCUGCAGAUGUCUCAGCCACUUCAAAUCCCUCAAUACGUGUCGGCACCAGCAGAUACAGACUCUGGCACGUCUCAUGGCCAUGGGCCAGUGAGCGAUCUUUACCAUCCCCAGAUGCCGAUAUCUCAGCAGUAUUUAUCUUCGCAAGGCUCUGAGCUCUCGGUCUCUCCUCAAUCUAGCUGCAAUAAUAUAGCAUACGGCAACAACAAUACCCAAUUUGACGGCACUGGCGUAGAAGGCAAACUCCAUGUCCAGUAUCAAUGGGACCAACAAGGAUCGGACUACCUGGUUUCGCUAUCAGAGCACUCAUCGCCUGAUCAGUCAAGAAAUAACCAGGGCCUUGUUUUUCAUAACGCCACGCCCAGGGAUUUCGAGGGCAAGCCGUGUUCAGGAAGCCCCUGACUACAACCUAAUAGCAACGACAGCACGGGAAUCAACUUCCACUUUGCAUCUAUCUAAGGCGCCAACUAUACGCAUGUACCAACAGCAGCACUUUCUAUUCUAGCGUUGAUUCUCAUUCGAGCUCGUCUUUCAACUGUACUAAAGCAUCGAGCGACAGCAUUAUUUUUUCCUUUGUUCAACGAUCUGAUGGAGCGAUUAUACCAGGCACUCACAAAAAGGGCCAUUCAUGGAUGGCGAUUGGGAAUAGGGUGCAUAUAUACGACGGGCGGAACACUUAUUAACUCGAUACGAGUCAAGGGGGGG